AUGGAGCGGCGGAAUCGGUUUGGGUUCCGGCGCAGCGACCCUCGACUGCCCAUGUACCGAGAUGAUGCGGAUGGCAAAAACAAGUGGUGGACGGCGAGGCAACCCAGCAAGCCGUUGCGCCACAAGACAAUAACAACCACCCAGGCGGGGCGGAAGUGGAGCCAGCAGCAGAACCAGAACCAGAAGAAGCAGCAGAACCAGAAGCAGAAGAGCCAGAAGCAGCAGAACCAGAAGCAGAAGAGCCAGCAGCAGAGCCAGCAGCACCUGCAGCAGAACCAGCAGCAGCAGAACCAGCAGCAGAACCAGCAGCAGAACCAGCAGCAGAACCAGCAGCAGAACCAGCAGCAGAACCAGCAGCAGGAACAGCAGCAGAACCAGCAGCAGAACCAGCGGCAGAACCAGCGGCAGAACCAGCAGCAGAACCAGCAGCAGAACUCCCGGGUGGAGCCAGCACCAGACAGCGUGCAACAGCAAGAGCUGUUCGAGCCAGUGAUAGAGGCUGCCACCCACCCGAGUGACUUGCCCGUGGGCGAAUCACGCAGAGAACCGGUUCAAGAACAGGAAAUGGCGCACCAGGAACAACAGCCAUCGGUGAAUGAAGAACUCGUACGGGACAUCACGGCGCUCGGUCCUGGGCAAGAAGCAGGACUGGAAGCAAACGGCGCGAAUAGCAAUGUGCAACAAGAGCAGCCCGAACCGGCAGCACCCGCACCGGCAGCACCCGCACCGGCAGCACCCGCACCGGAACAGGUUCUAGAAGCGCGACACCCCGAGGAGCUUGAGGUGCAGGAAGAGGUAAAAAAAGUGCCAGCACGACCCGAGGCACCCGAGCUGGAGGCUGAGCAGCCAGUGCCACCAGUGGACGACGAGUUGCCAGCCGCUGUGGCAAAUAUUCAGGAGGCCGAGGCACCAGUUGACUCCGAACAGACUGAGCUCACUGCUGAGGAGCGUCUCCGUGUGACGCGAGGUCAGCAGACAAUUUUCCUCACUUUACUGGUCAUCAAUCAUGCUUACUGCCUGUCGUCUUCAUUGACAUGA